AACAGACAGCAACGAGGACUUUUUCAGAUUGAUUUCUCCUAAAAAUUCAUCAUACAUUUGUCUGCAUAUCUAUCAUUUAGUUUUACUCUCAUAUGGAUUGAAGACACAAAAUCAGAGACACUUGAGAUAUAUAGGUGAGGUGAUAUACUCCAUGUGAACUGAAUGUCUCAAUUUAGUGAGAAUGGUAACAGAUCGCUAGCAACCAUCAUUUUCUAAUGCAUGCAACAGCUUGAUGAUACCUCUCCUAUAUGUUAAUUACAUGAACUUUGUUAAUGAUAUUACCUCUAUGAAAACUAAAGGAAGGAAGGUCAGAACUUAUUAAAAAAUGAUCCUGUGUUUGCUAAGUUACAUGGAUGUUUCAAAAUGACGUUAAAUGUGCCCAUUUGAGGAUUUGAAUACAGCUUGAAUGGAAAAUGUCCAGUUACUAUGGUGAUGGUUACCGUGGCAAUAAUUUAAAUGCUGUUGGAUAUAGCAAUGCAAACAGCAGUUUCCAAAGAAACAACAAUGCCAAUGUGUAUGAAAGGAAUAGUCAAAGACCCACACAUAAUAAUGUGCCAGGUGGUAACUAUGUCAAGAGGGCUAAUGCUUCAAAUGGUAACUAUGGAAACAGAUCAAAUAUACAAAAUGAUGAUUAUUCUUAUACCCAUAAUGUACCUAGCAGUAACUAUGGAAACAGAACGAAUGGACCAAGUACUAGUUCCUAUGGCAACUCACAAGCUGGAGGUAGUUCAAACUACGGAUACAGUAACAACAGAAGAAGUAACCAUGGAAAUAUAAAUGAUCAACAAGGACAAGGAAACUACAUGCGUCGUAAUGUUAUGCCUAGUAGUAGCCAUGUAGAGAAUAACUAUGAUGGUAGUUAUGGAGGUAGUGACUAUGGGGACAAUGAUAGUUACUAUAACAACAGUCAAUAUAGUAACAGUCGAUAUGGAAGUGAACCUGUUGAAGACCCUUAUAAUAAAGUAUCUAAAAUGCCAUCUAAUCAGAUGCCGACCCAGUAUUUGUCACGGCAGCCAACUCCAAAAACACCCCAGGAGUUAGCUGCCCUUAGGGCACCGAUAGCAUCCCCUAGAGUACCACAUGCUGCCUCUAGAGUACCACAGGCUGCCCCUAGAGCACCACAGGCUGCCCCCAGAGCACCACAGGCUACCCCUAGAGCACCACAGGCUACCCCUAGGAGUACACAUGCACAAAUGUCACCAAAGAUAAACCAAAGAGCAACCCAUCAGACAAAAAAUCCCCAGAUGCAAUCACCUUCUAGCAUACCUCCAAGUGAAAAUGAUCCAUCAACUAAAAGGAAGUAUAUCAAGAAACUUGCCCUUCCCAAGCAUAUAAUAGCUGGAGCCAGAGCCAAGCAGGCUCAGAUACGCCAAGCCAAAGCCAAAGCCAGGGCCCAGGAAUCCAGGGGUUCUGUAGACGAAAUACGUCGUAUCCCAGAAAGAACUAAGAACAAUGUGAACUAUGUCAGCAAGUGUGUCAAAUACCUCCUCUUUUCCUUCAAUUUCUUAUUUUGGCUAGCAGGACUAGGAAUCGCGGGACUUGGUGCAUGGAUUGUUAUAGAAAAGGACAAAAAGGUGCGGGACAUUUUGGACUUUGUUUUUGAUCCAUCUAUACUACUGGCUGCCUCAGGUCUUGUGAUGGUCGUCCUGUCCUUCUUUGGAUUCUUGGGUGCGCUGAGGGAGAACUUGUGCCUGUUAAAAUCUUUCCAUGGUUUUCUAUCUCUGAUCCUGUUGCUAGAGAUGGCCAUUGGUGUUCUAGUGUUCCUCUUCUACUUUAUGCCUGAGAUCAGAGAGAAGCUGGGGUUCCUAGACCCAGGAGAGACCCUCCAACAUGCUGUAAUACGUUAUAGAGAGGAUGAUGAUCUGCGGGAUAUGAUUGACAUCAUGCAACGUGAGUUCCAUUGCUGUGGGUUCAGCAAUGAUGAUCGUGGGUACAAGGACUGGGACCAGAACCUCUACUUCAACUGUAGUGAGAGCAACCCAAGCAGGGAGAGGUGUGGGGUGCCGUAUUCAUGUUGUGUGCCAACUGGGAACAUGAUCAAUGUCAUGUGUGGCUAUGAUACAACAAAUAGAGAGCUCUCAGUGAUCUCCAGCAAGAUCUACACACAAGGGUGUGUCAAGGGAUUUGGUGUAUGGUUAGAACGUAACACAAUCCUUAUGGGAGCAGCAUCUCUAGGCAUCAUCAUACCACAGGUAAUUGGUAUUUGUCUGGCCAGGACUCUUGUAGAACAAAUUGAGACACAGAAAGCUCAGUGGAGGUAAUUACCCAGAAAUCUUAAUGGACACAGAAACUCAUGAAUCUCAAUGGAGGCAAUUGACAUUCUAUUGGAGUCAUUCAGAUUUAUUAGACCAAUGCUUACAAGAUGUUUCUUCGAGGUUCACGAAUAAUGUAUACAAAGAUAAACUAACCAUUUUCCAAAUUGUUAUGUGACACAACAAUGUAAUGAAGUUAGGUACCCAGAAAACAUAUGGACACACACUAGACACAGUGGAUGUAUUUACCCAGGUGUACAUUGGGGCUAAAGGUUAGAAGACAAAAUGCAAGCGCCUGAAUAAUGUAGAAUGGGAUACAAACAUGGGAGAGAUGAAUCAUGUGCAUUUGGCUGGUCCCUUUGUUAAGGAUUAAUUCCAUUGGAAUACAAGUUAAAUCCAAGUUUAUGUUGGGUAAUCCCCAGCUGAAUCACAUGCAUUCACAUUUAAACCCAUACAUUUUAUCUCUUGUCAUGGUUUAAAAUGCGUCAACUCCAUAAAUCAUUGCAAUAUUGUGAGUAGGUUUCAAUACUACACAAUGAAAAAAUGACCAUUUGUUGCUUUUCCAAAAUACAAGGUAACUCUUAUGCAAAUAUUUACCAAUCAAGCAAUAUUGUGAAUAUUUCCAUUUUAUAUCACUGCUUUGUUAGCAUUGCCAAGAGGUCAACCUUCCCAGAUGUCUUCAUUUCUACUGCAUUUGAAAAGAAAUAGCUCUACACCAUAACUUAGUGUUAUGUUAUGUAAAUAUAGUGUAUGUACAAAGAAACAACAAUAAAACUGAACAAAAAAUUAUGAAUAUA